CGCCCCUGUGCGCGAACGGGGUGCGGACACGCGGAGUGACCGAGCCUGCGCGGGGCGGGAUCGGCGCGGGGAUCGGCGCCGGGCGGUCCCCGGGGCGCAGCAUGGCGGGCCGGGGCCGGGGCCGGGGCCGRGGGCAGAUGACAUUCAACGUGGAAGCCGUGGGGAUCGGGAAGGGGGACGCGCUGCCCCCGCCCACGCUGCAGCCCUCGCCCCUCUUCCCGGCCCUGGAGCGCUGCGCUGCCCCCCUGCCCGGGGGCGAGGAGGGCGAGUAUAUGCUGGCCCUGAAGCAGGAGCUGCGCAGGGCGAUGAGGGGGCUCCCCUACUUCGUCAAGCCGGGGGCGCCUCGCAGAGACAUUGAGCGCUACUCAGACAAGUACCAGCUCUCCAGCCCUGUGGACAGCGCCAUUGACUGGAACCCAGACUGGAGGCGGCUCCCACGGGAGCUGAAGAUCCGAGUGCGGCGCCUACGGAAAGGCCGGACAGCUCCCCUCAUCCCCAAGCAACACGUGGUGCUCGACAAGGAGGAGACUAUUAAGAAACUGGAGAGCCUAGAGAAGAAGGAGGAGGAGGUGACAUCCGAGGAGGAAGAGGAGAAGGAGGAGGAAGAAGAGGGGAAGGAGGAGGAAGAGGAGGAGUAUGAUGAGGAGGAGCACGAAGAGGAGACGGACUACGUCCUGUCCUACUUUGACAACGGGGAGAGCUUCGGCCCUGACAGUGACGAUAACGGCGACGAGGCAGUGUACUGACUCUGAGUGUGGGUACCUGCAAAAGCAGCUACCCCCAGGCUGUGGGGACCCUGAAAGCGGGGACUCCCCUGCACCCCUGGGACAGCAGGGACCCCUCACUCCCCUCCCUGUAAGCAGGGACCCUCUCACCCCUCAGGGACAUUGGGGUCCCUUGUUACCCCACCUUGGGGCACCAGGGUCCCCUGCCACCACCCCUCCGUGGAACAUCGGGGUUCCCUGUCUCCCCGUCAUCCUCCGUAUCACCAACAGGUGGCGCCAGUGCUCCAGGUCCGGAGGGUGGGGCGGGACCCCCCCCCCCCAAUUUUGGGGCCUCCCGGCCGCGUCCCCAAGCAGGGGCGGGCAGGGGGAAUCGUGAUUUUUGGGGUGGGUUUUGGGGUGGUGGGGGCAUUCCCAAACGUGCCUGCCCGCCCCGACCACAUCUCUCAUGCCCCACUCCCAUUUUACAGCAGCUUUAAAAACAAAUUUUGUGUCGAUUAAAGUGGAUUUUGUUAU